AUGUCCACUGAUGCGAUUCAUAUUGAGUAUGAACAACCUUUAUCCGUAAAACAGUCUGUUUCUAUCACGUCAUCACCGAAAAAUAAACUCAAAUAUUCAUUUUGUAGUAUUACAUUGGAAAAAUGGUUAAAAAUUGUCUCAUCGUUGCUUGUUCCUCUAAUGAUUGGUAUAUUCACAAUUGUUCUCACAAUACAUCAAAAUCAUUCGAGUAACCAAAAUCGUUUAAAUGAUUUGGAAAUAGCUAAUCGUCAACGUGAACAAGAUCAACAACAAGCAGAUGAAUCACAGAAAGAACAAAUCUACGCAGCAUAUAUCAAAGAUAUGAGCGAAUUAUUCAUGAAAACUGAUUUGAAUGUUGUGUAUUCUGAAUCAAAUGAAUCAAUUCUUGACGUGUUACGAUUCUUGGCUGUUACGCGAGCGAGAACGGUGUCAACGAUUAGACAGAUUGAUAUCAAACGAAAACAGUAUUUGAUUCACAUGUUAUAUGAGUCGGGUGUGAUCAAUAAUUUGAAACGCGCGAUUGAUCUCAGUGGCGCCGAUUUGAGUCAUAUCGAUUUAUCCAGUUCAAGUGCUUCGCUUAAGUGGAUAGUUAUACGUAAUGUAAACUUAACAAAUGCAUCGUUCGUUAAUGUUGAUCUCAGAAAUGCAAAUUUUAGUGGUUCAAUAUUGGAUGAAGCUGAUUUUUUAGACGCAUCUUUGAAAGGAACAGAUUUUACCGGUUGUGAAUUGAGACAAACAGAUUUUACGGGAGCUAAUGUAAAAGAAGCAAUAUUUAAUAAUGUCAACCUCACUAGAGCAGUUUUUACAGAAAAACCCUCUUUAUUGAUAAAUACCAUUUUACCAAAUGGUAAAUAUGUGUACAACAGUACAGACUUUGGGGUAAACGACAAUUUCAAAUCGAUAAAUUUAGUUGUAAAUGGUGAUGCUGAUAUAGAGAAAUGUAGCAAUGAUAGUGAAACUAUAGCAAAUAAACUACCAUUUGGAUGGGUCUUUUCUUAUCAGUCAGCGGUAGCGGUUAUAAAUUGUGCAGCAUUAAUAUUUUCAAGUGAAACCCAUGAAGAAUGUUGCUUUUGGGGAGGAAAAACAAAUGAAUCCGAAGGGUUUAUGUACCAAUCAAUACAACUGUAUGAUUAUUCUCGUUUGAUCGAUUCAGGUCUAGCCCAUUACGAAUUGUCAGCAUCUAUCGGUGGAAAACAACAGGAAGCUGACGGUGCAUACAUCAGUGUGGAGUUUUAUGACCAAAGGGACCGAAUGUUGGAAGAGAUCGACGUUAAUUGCUCCACGUCAACAAACUGUACCUCUAAUUUGGGUCCAGUGUCAAACGUUGAUCGCAAAAACCAAACUAAACUAAUACACAAAAACACGACUAAUAUAAUACCCAAAUAUACACGGUUUAUUCAUUUAAAAGUGCACUUUCGAAAGUUGGGUCGCGGAGAGAACAGUAAUGGAAUAAUUGAUGAUGUUCAAUUCGCAAUUAAGUCAAUGAAUUAUUACACUUAG